UUCGGUUCAGGCGGCUUCAAAAGGGUUCAUUGAAUUCAUAAUCGCGGCGUAGAGUCCGGGAACUGUGGUUCUUCGCUGGUAUAAAUGAAUUCCCGUUGGCAUUCUGCACCCAGUACCUCACUUUUUGUAGUGUAGCAAUGCAUGCCUGUAUCGCUUUUGCAUGCCGGGGAGCUCGGGACACGUCCAGUGGACGCUGCCUGUCUUAUUGGGUGCUUACUUAUCUUUUUUCUGUCCAGGAUUGAAAAUCGAGGGCAUCGACUUGCCGACGGAGUAUGCUGACUGCGACUUGGGUCCCGGACUGCAGCCGUCGCCGUGCGUGCCUGACGGGGAGGAAAGCAUCCCUGACUCGAAGGUCGCUGCAGGAUUAAAAGCCGAGAGCAUCGACUUGCCGACGGAGUUCUCAGACAGUGACUCGGGUUCUGGACAGUCGCCGUGCGUGCCUGACGGGGAGGAAAGCAUCCCUGACUCGAAGGCCGGUGCAGGCGUCGGCGCGGAGCAGGCCCAGCAGCUGCUCGUCGGCGAGGCCUUCUCCCUCGCAGGCAACGCGGUCCAGGAUGAGCAGGCCUCGAGCAAGGAGACGGGCAGGAAGGCGCGCCGCGGAUUCAACUGUGGGGAGUGCGGCCAGCGUUUCCGGACUGAGAGCGGAUUGCGGGACCACCUUGCAAGUCACACUGAGGGCGGACCUCACUCGUGCGGGGUGUGUGGCAAGGAGUUCUCCAAGAAUUGGCAUCUUGUGAGGCACUCGAGGAUCCACACCGGGGAAAAGCCUUACAAGUGUGACGUCUGCGGGAAGGCAUUCACUAAGUCAAAUCAUUUAGUGAAACACAAGAGGACCCACACUGGAGAGAAGCCCUACAAGUGUGACGUCUGCGGGAAGGCAAUUUCUGAUUUAUCUGAUUUAGUGAAACACAAAAGGACCCACACUGGGGAGGAGCCUUACAAGUGUAACUCGUGUGGAAAGAAGUUCUCGCAUUCAUCUGCUUUCGUGAGACACAAGAGGAUCCACACCGGGGAGAAGCCAUACAAGUGUGACGUCUGCGGGAAGGCAUUUUCUGAUUCAUCUGCUUUAGUGAAUCAUAAGAGGACCCACACCGGGGAGAAGCCCUUUAAAUGCAAGGUGUGCCUGAAAAGCUUUUCAGUUUCAUCGAAUUUAGCAGCGCACAAGAGGAUUCACGCUGGGCAGAAGCCGUAGGAAUGUGUUGUGUGAGGAAAGACCUUUUCUAUGUCAAAUAUCGCAAAGUCUCUCGAGGAGACCUACGGCAUAUGGACACUCACGCGUGUGAAACGGCCCCUUCUAUCUAUAGAUCUUUGAUUCAAGCACUCGGUGUGAAACUCCACUAUGUUAACCUGAUGUCCUCUUCUCUGUCGACCUUUUAUUUGCAGCAAUUAUUCCCGUACCGUAAAACUUAAUAGUGCCAGUAUCAGGACUACGUAUUGUUUAUGUUUGAGUUUGUUUUGCUUACUGUUUACAUUGAUUACAUGGAAUAUAUUUUCUUUUUAUUCUUUGAAAGUGCGCAAUUUGUCUCUCUGUGUCGAAACUUUGCCAACUAUAGAUGUUGAUUUUAGAAAUGAUUAUCUAGUGACAAUCGACGAGACAACAGUAAGACUGAUUACAAAUCUCGUGUUGAGUACCAUGUAGGUUGUAGCACCUUUUCCUAUCCUCCCUUGUCGAGAAAACAGCAAAUAGACCAUUAUUGAAUCCAAGGGUUUCUACCAUUAAUGUUGGCUAGAUAUGCCUUGCUUUCUUCCCUUAACUUGUGGUGAUCGGACUUAAAGUGGCAGCCGCCCCAAUCUUAAUUUUUUUUUUUUUUGCUUUUCACGAACGUGUUAUGCUGUAAGUGGAAUCCUUUUCUUUUUUAAUGUAC